GGCCUGUACUGUGUGCUCGGUGUGCGGGGAGAGUGGAGGCAUCAGGAGGCAUUCCCGUGUCCCCUUCGUCCCUCCGCUCCCUUGCCUCUCCCUCCUCCCGCCGGCCUCCCCCGUUUGCUGUAUCUCCCAGGAGAACCCCUACUGCCGCUGCUAGAGAUGAGGCUAGGGUGUUUACCAGUGGCGCCGCCGCCGCCGCCGCCACUGCUGCUGCUGCUGCUGCUGCUGCUGCUGCUGCUGCCAGUGCUGCGUCUGUUGACCCGUAUGCUGACCAUGCAAGGAGGCCUGUGCAAGGCGAGGGCGAGGGAGAGGAGGGAGAGGAGGAGGGAGUGGAGGAGGUGAAAGAGGUGGCAAUGGAGGGGGAUAGGGAGAAGGAGUGUGUUGUCUUGGGGGUGGAGGGCGGCGCAGACAGGACGGCGCUUGCCAACCAUUUCCUGCCGCCCAUUUUGGAAAGAUCUGCACAGAGCGAGGCGGAUCUAGUGGAGGCAGAAGAGAGGGCCGGGAACAGAGGCAAGGACGGCAGUGGGGACGAGGAGCAGGAGGAGCAAGAUGCGCGAGGAGAACAACUGGCUGCGGGCGGCCUACAAGGAGGCGGUGCACAAGGCAGAGGUGGCGAGGCAGGCAGGGCCGCAUGUGUCUGUCACCAACGGCGCUACAACUCACCCCCACCCCCUCGUGUCCCCUCUCGUCAGAUGCGCGAGGAGAACAACUGGCUGCGGGCAGCAUACAAGGAGGCGGUGCACAAAGCAGAGGUGGCGGCAGCACUGGCGGCGCAUGCGGGCCCAUGUCAUCCCUGUGUCCUUUACUCUGCUCCCCACCUCCCUCAUCAGAUGCGAGAGGAGAACAACUGGCUGCGAGCAGCCUACCAAAGAGGCAGUGCACAAGGCAGAGGUGGCGGCAGCACUGGCGGGCGCAGAGAGGGCGCGGGCGGAGGAGGCGGAGAGGAAUGUGGCAGCAAGGGAGGAGGAGAUGCGGGAGGCCCUGCAAAGCGCGGGAGGUGCGCACGGCUGAGUCAGAGGCUGAUCGCCUUCCAGGCCAGCAUGGCCAACGCCAACCCCGCCAUGCCCAUCGACAAGCAGCAGGUAGAUUACCUGCUGCUCGCACUCCAUUUCCUCCCUCCCUUCUGGCUCCUCUCUUCCUCUGCUCGCUCUCUUCCUUCUGCUCGCUCUCUUCCUUCUGCUCGCUCUCUUCCUUCUGCUCGCUCUCUUCCUUCUGCUCGCUCUCUUCCUUCUGCUCGCUCUCUUCCUUCUGCUCGCUCUCUUCCUUCUGCUCGCUCUCUUCCUUCUGCUCGCUCUCUUCCUUCUGCUCGCUCUCUUCCUUCUGCUCGCUCUCUUCCUUCUGCUCGCUCUCUUCCUUCUGCUAGCUCUCUUCCUUCUGCUCGCUCUCUUCCUUCUGCUAGCUCUCUUCCUUCUGCUCGCUCUCUUCCUUCUGCUCGCUCUCUUCCUUCUGCUCGCUCUCUUCCUUCUGCUCGCUCUCUCCCUUCUGCUCGCUCUCUUCCUUCUGCUCGCUCUCUUCCUUCUGCUCGCUCUCUUCCUUCUGCUCGCUCUCUUCCUUCUGCUCGCUCUCUUCCUUCUGCUCGCUCUCUUCCUUCUGCUCGCUCUCUUCCUUCUGCUCGCUCUCUUCCUUCUGCUCGCUCUCUUCCUUCUGCUCGCUCUCUUCCUUCUGCUAGCUCUCUUCCUUCUGCUCGCUCUCUUCCUUCUGCUAGCUCUCUUCCUUCUGCUCGCUCUCUUCCUUCUGCUCGCUCUCUUCCUUCUGCUCGCUCUCUUCCUUCUGCUCGCUCUCUUCCUUCUGCUCGCUCUCUUCCUUCUGCUCGCUCUCUCCUUCUGCUCGCUCUCUUCCUUCUGCUCGCUCUCUUCCUUCUGCUCGCUCUCUUCCUUCUGCUCGCUCUCUUCCUUCUGCUCGCUCUCUUCCUUCUGCUCGCUCUCUUCCUUCUGCUCGCUCUCUUCCUUCUGCUCGCAUCUCUUCCUUCUGCGCGCGUCUCUUCCUUCUGCUCGCUCUCUCCUGCUAUCCUUCUGCUCGCUCUCUUCUUCUGCUCGCUCUCUUCCUUCUGCUCGCUCUCUUCCUUCUGCUCGCUCUCUUCCUCUGCUCGCUCUCUUCCUUCUGCUCGCUCUCUUCCUUCUGCUAGCUCUCUUCCUUCUGCUCGCUCUCUUCCUUCUGCUAGCUCUCUUCCUUCUGCUCGCUCAUCUUCCUUCUGA